UCCGCCCCAUGGCGCGGGAGCGCGGCGGGCCCCUCCUGGCCCAGCUGGCCCGGCUCGCCCGGCUCCUGGAGCUGAGCUGCGACCUGGAGGAAGACUGCAGCCGCGUCGCCCGCGGGUUCGAGUCCUGCCGCCAGAGGUGCUGCCGCCUGGGACUGGACCUGCGCCGGGCCCGCGAGCAGCUGCUGGCGGCGGAGAGCGAGUGCUCGGCGCUGCGCGUGAAGCUCCAACACGCCCGCAACCAGGUGGAGGUGGAGAUGGGGAAGCGGCACCGGGCCGAGGCCGAGCUGGAGAAGCAGGAACGGAAGCUGCAGCUGAUCUUCGACUUCCUGAUGCAGGAAUCCCCCAGCGUGGCCUUGAGUGAGGGGCAGCGCUCGGCCCUGGCCCUGCUGGAUGGGCCCCGGCUGGGCACGGUCCUGGCGCCAGGGAGCAGGCUGUCUGCAGUGGACGAGUCGCACACCUCGCUCACGUCCCAUUCCGACAUCAGCUACGACCGCACCGAGGACGACGUGGACUUGGACGUGACGGUGGUGAAACCUCUGAAGCGCAAGUCCCAGGAGCGCCCGCGCUUGUCUCUGGCCCCCCUGAUCGGCCCCGUGGUCCCAGCAAAGCGUUCGCGAACCCCCCACCCAGCCACCAGCGCGAGUGAGCCCCCAGGGACCCUCCCAGCAGGGGCCAUUGCUGAAGACCGGGGCCGGGACCGGAGCCUGCUGCCCGCGGCCGUGGUGCCAGUGCUGGGUCGACGCUCGCGCCAGGGCCGACGCCUCUCCACACUCACAGGUCCCCCCAUGUGCCAGAGCUGCCCCCGGGCCCUGCCCUUCUCCUCCACGCGGCCCGACAGCAGCCGCAUGUGCCCAGGCCCCCACCCCCCUUCGAGCGGGAGGGCCUGGGCUGGGGGGGCAGUGCUGCUAGGGGCUGGCUCGGGCAGUGGGAGUCAUGGGGGGCCUGUGCUCCCCACCCUGCUGACUCUCUCCCCUCCCCCCCCAGAGCUGACCACAGUGUGGGGGAGCAGUGAGGACUCAGACACCCGCCCGGAGAGUGGGGCAGGGCUGGAGCCCAGGGGACUGGACCCCUUCCCCUCCCCCCCGCAGGGGGUGCCACCGCCCCAGCACCUCUUCACUUCCAAAACGGGCGUCCUGGCCGACUUCGCGCCCCCCGUGGCCCCCCUGGUGCCUGCCCUGGUGGUGCAGUGCGUGAGCGAGGUGGAGCGCAGGGGCCUGACGGAGACAGGGCUGUACCGGGUGCCCGGCGCGGAGCCGCUGGUGCGGGAGUGGAAGCAGAAGCUGCUGCGGGCCAAGGGGGCGCUGCCCUCGCUGGGCCGCGUGGGCGACGUGCACGUGGUCUGUGGGGUGCUCAAGGACUUCCUGAGGGGCCUCAAGGAGCCGCUGGUCACCUUCCGUCUGCACCCCCUCUUCCUGCGGGCCGCUGACAUCCCGGACGAGGCCGCCUGCCAGGCAGCCCUGUGCCACGUGGUGAGCAAACUGCCCCCCGCCAACCGGGACACGCUGGCCUUCCUCGUGCUGCACCUGCUGAGGGUCGCUCAGAGCCCCGACUGCAGGAUGGACGAGCUGAAUCUGGCCCGCGUCUUCGGGCCCACACUGGUGGGGCACGGCACGAGCAGCCCCACACCCCUGGCCAUUCUGGAGGACACGCCGCAGCAGUGCAAGGUGAUGGCUCGUCUCCUGUCGCUGCCCCCCGAGUUCUGGAGGCGCUUUGUGGGCAUGGAGCUGGAGAACCUGGUGCCCACGGCCGCGAGCGACCCCCUAGCCCUGAACAAACAGGGCAGGUGCUGGGCUCCAGGAAGACGGGCCGGUUCUUCCCCUCCCUGCUGUAGGCCCUGGACGGCUCCCCCCAUGGCUCCGAGGGGGAGGGAAUGGGCAGCCAGGGGGCAGGGACAGCGUCUGAGCUUGGGGUGGGACCUGGGGGGCAGGCGCCAGCACUCGCUGCACGGGUGCUGGAGGGAAUAUGCAGCAAAGAUGUGGGUCCCUGCCCCAGGGCAGGGGCUGGGCUGGGCUGAGCUGGGGGUCUGGCUCCCCCAUGCCUGCUGUCCUGGGGAGCAGCAUGAUGAGGGGGGAGCCAGGGUCUCCCAGCUGUCCCAGGGGUGGGUGAGGAGCACAGAGCACAUGGAGCUGGGGGCUGAUUCCUAUUAAAUGCUUGUGCAGA